CCCAGGGGGAGUGGCCACAGCAGGUCCUAUCUGGUGGUGAGUGGCUGUCAUGAUCUCUACAGCACCGCUCUACAGCGGCGUGCACAACUGGACCAGUUCUGACCGGAUUCGCAUGUGUGGCAUCAACGAGGAGAGAAGAGCACCUCUUUCUGAUGAGGAGUCAACGACAGGCGACUGCCAGCACUUUGGAUCUCAGGAGUUUUGUGUCAGCAGCAGUUUUUCCAAGGUGGAGCUCACGGCAGUUGGAAGUGGCAGCAAUGCCCGGGGGGCAGACCCAGAUGGCAGUGCUACAGAAAAACUUGGGCACAAGUCAGAAGACAAGCCUGACGAUCCCCAGCCAAAAAUGGACUAUGCUGGGAAUGUGGCAGAGGCCGAGGGCCUCUUGGUGCCCCUGAGCAGCCCAGGAGACGGGCUCAAGCUUCCCUCAUCUGACAGCGCCGAGGCCAGCAACAGCAGGGCCGACUGCUCCUGGACUCCACUCAACACCCAAAUGAGCAAACAGGUUGACUGCUCACCUGCUGGAGUAAAGGCUUUGGACUCUCGGCAAGGUGUUGGAGAGAAGACCCCCACACCCAUGCCUGCUGCCACGCCAGCUGCCAUUCCCACCUCUGCACCCAUCCCGGCCUCCUUCAGUUUGAGUCGAGUGUGCUUUCCUGCAGCUCAGGCACCAGCUAUGCAAAAAGUCCCCCUGUCCUUUCAGCCAGGGACAGUGCUGACCCCGAGCCAGCCGCUGGUAUAUAUCCCACCUCCAAGCUGUGGGCAGCCGCUCAGUGUGGCCACACUGCCAACCACUCUAGGGGUCUCCUCCACUCUUACUCUCCCUGUCCUGCCGUCCUACCUGCAGGACAGGUGUCUCCCAGGCGUGCUGGCCUCCCCAGAGCUCCGUUCUUACCCGUACGCAUUUUCUGUGGCCCGGCCUCUGACUUCGGAUUCCAAGCUGGUGUCUCUGGAGGUGAACAGGCUCCCUUGCACUUCCCCAUCCGGUAGCACCACCACCCAGCCUGCACCCGACGGGGUCCCUGGGCCUUUGGCAGAUACCUCCCUCGUCACUGCUUCUGCCAAGGUGCUUCCAACUCCACAGCCUCUGCUACCAGCCCCCAGUGGGAGCUCAGCCCCACCACACCCCUCCAAGAUGCCCACUGGCACCGAGCAGCAAACAGAAGGGACUUCUGUUACCUUCUCUCCUCUUAAGUCACCGCCACAGCUGGAACGAGAGAUGGCCUCUCCACCUGAGUGCAGCGAGAUGCCCCUUGAUCUGUCCUCCAAGUCCAACCGCCAGAAGCUUCCAUUGCCGAACCAGCGCAAGACACCCCCCAUGCCUGUGUUGACUCCCGUGCACACCAGCAGCAAGGCCCUCCUCUCCACAGUCCUGUCUAGGUCUCAGCGCACGACCCAGGCUGCCGGCAGCAACGUCACCUCCUGCCUGGGCUCCACUUCCUCACCCUUUGUCAUAUUUCCUGAGAUCGUGAGGAAUGGGGACCCGAGCACCUGGGUGAAGAACUCAACCGCGCUGAUUAGCACCAUUCCUGGCACCUACGUGGGAGUGGCCAACCCAGUGCCUGCAUCCCUGCUGCUGAACAAAGACCCCAACCUUGGCAUCAACCGUGACCCCCGCCAUCUCCCCAAGCAGGAGCCCAUCUCCAUCAUUGAUCAAGGAGAGCCAAAGGGCGCUGGUGCCACGUGUGGCAAAAAGGGCAGCCAGGCUGGUGCUGAGGGACAGCCAAGCACAGUGAAACGAUACACCCCAGCCCGCAUUGCCCCUGGGCUGCCAGGGUGCCAAACCAAGGAACUCUCUUUGUGGAAACCCACGGGGCCGGCAAAUAUUUAUCCCCGGUGUUCAGUCAAUGGGAAACCUACCAGUACCCAGGUCCUGCCUGUUGGCUGGUCCCCGUACCACCAGGCGUCUCUGCUUUCCAUUGGCAUUUCCAGUGCUGGGCAGCUGACCCCCAGUCAGGGGGCGCCCAUCAGGCCCACCAGCGUUGUUUCGGAGUUUUCUGGUGUGCCAUCUCUCAGCUCCAGCGAAGCCGUGCACGGACUUCCCGAGGGGCAGCCACGGCCUGGGGGCACCUUUGUUCCAGAGCAGGACACUGUUACAAAGAACAAAACUUGCCGGAUUGCUGCCAAGCCUUACGAAGAACAAGUCAAUCCUGUCCUCUUGACCCUCAGCCCUCAGACCGGGACCCUGGCACUGUCUGUUCAGCCUAGCGGUGGGGACAUUCGAAUGAAUCAGGGGCCUGAGGAAUCAGAGAGCCACCUCUGCUCUGACAGCACUCCUAAGAUGGAAGGCCCCCAGGGGGCUUGUGGCCUGAAGCUGGCAGGAGACACGAAGCCUAAGAACCAAGUGCUGGCCACCUACAUGUCCCAUGAGCUGGUCCUGGCCACCCCCCAGAACCUGCCUAAGAUGCCUGAGCUGCCUUUGCUACCUCACGACAGCCACCCCAAGGAACUUAUCUUGGACGUGGUUCCGAGCAGCAGGAGGGGCUCCAGCACCGAGCGCCCACAGCUUGGAAGCCAGGUGGAUCUGGGGCGAGUGAAAAUGGAGAAGGUGGAUGGUGAUGUGGUCUUCAAUUUAGCCACCUGCUUCCGGGCUGAUGGCCUCCCAGCGGCUCCCCAAAGGGGCCAAGCUGAAGUUCGGGGUAAGGCCGGGCAGGCUCGAGUGAAACAAGAAAGUGUAGGGGUCUUUGCUUGCAAGAACAAGUGGCAGCCAGAUGAUGUGACGGAAUCUCUGCCGCCCAAGAAGACGAAGUGCGGCAAAGAGAAGGACGGCGAAGAGCAGCAGCUGCAGCCCCAAGCCAAGGCCAUGGUCCGGAGUUCCCACAGACCCAAGUGCCGGAAGCUGCCCAGUGACCCCCAGGAAUCCACCAAGAAAAGCCCCAGGGGGGCUUCAGAUUCAGGAAAAGAGCACAAUGGAGUCAGGGGAAAGCACAAGCACCGGAAGCCGACAAAGCCGGAGUCCCAGUCUCCAGGAAAACGAGCUGACGGCCACGAGGAAGGUUCCUUGGAAAAGAAAGCAAAGAGCAGUUUCCGUGACUUUAUUCCUGUGGUUCUGAGCACCCGCACGCGCAGUCAGUCUGGAAGCAUCUGUAGCUCCUUUGCUGGCAUGGCAGACAGUGACAUGGGAAGCCAGGAAGUCUUCCCCACAGAAGAAGAAGAAGAGGUAACCCCCACCCCAGCUAAGCGUCGAAAGGUGAGAAAGACCCAACGGGACACCCAGUAUCGCAGCCAUCAUGCCCAGGACAAGUCUCUGCUGAGCCAGGGUCGAAGGCACCUGUGGCGAGCCCGAGAAAUGCCCUGGAGGACAGAGGCUGCCCGGCAAAUGUGGGACACCAAUGAGGAGGAGGAGGAAGAGGAGGAGGAGGGCCUGCUGAAGAGGAAGAAACGAAGACGGCAGAAGAGCCGAAAAUAUCAGACUGGGGAGUACCUGACGGAGCAAGAAGAUGAGCAGCGGCGGAAAGGGAGAGCAGAUUUAAAGGCCCGUAAGCAGAAGACUUCCUCCUCCCAAAGUUUGGAGCACCGCCUCAGGAACAGGAACCUUCUCUUGCCCAACAAAGCCCAGGGGAUCUCAGAUUCACCAAAUGGUUUCCUCCCAAAUAACCUGGAGGAGCCAGCCUGCCUUGAAAAUUCAGAAAAGCCAUCGGGAAAACGAAAGUGCAAGACCAAGCACAUGGCAACCGUCUCAGAAGAGGUAAAGGGCAAAGGUCGUUGGAGCCAGCAGAAGACACGAUCUCCCAAAUCUCCCACCCCAGUGAAACCCACAGAACCAUGUACACCCUCUAAGUCCCGAAGUGCCAGCUCAGAGGAGGCCUCAGAGUCACCUACAGCCCGGCAGAUCCCUCCAGAGGCACGUCGGCUCAUAGUGAACAAAAAUGCUGGUGAGACCCUCCUGCAGAGGGCGGCACGUCUUGGCUAUAAGCUUCAGCCCAUGCUAGCUAGGGUGCUGCAAGUCCCUGCGGUCCCACUUGUAGUCCUAUCAUCAUCUCAACCCAAGGAAGGCAGUCUUCAAAGAAGUGUGUCUCUCUCUCAUCACUCCUGGUCUCUCUUGUGGUCCUUCCUUCCCUUUUCCCAUUCCCUUAGCCCCAUAUGCAUGGACUUCACUUGGACAUUCCUUCCCCAGCCUAACCUCCUUGUCUCACUGCCUGCUCUUCUUUCAUCAGAUCACCUCUCGGAUCUUCAGGGCCGGGCAGAGGGUGAUCCCGGUGUAUCCUGGGAUUUUUACAGCAGUUCUGUGUUGGAGGAAAAAGACGGGUUUGCCUGUGACCUCCUACAUAAUCCUCCUGGGAGCUCUGAUCAAGAAGGAGAUGAUCCGAUGGAGGAGGAUGAUUUCAUGUUCGAACUCUCAGACAAGCCUCUUCUCCCUUGCUACAACCUCCAAGUGUCAGUGUCCCGUGGGCCCUGCAACUGGUUCCUCUUUUCCGAUGUCUUGAAGAGGCUGAAGCUUUCCUCGAGGAUCUUUCAGGCCCGGUUCCCGCACUUUGAAAUCGCCACCAUGCCCAAGGCUGAGUUCUACAGGCAGGUGGCCUCCAGUCAGCUGCUGACCCCUGCUGAGAGGCCUGGAGGCUUGGACGACAGAUCCCCCCCAGGCUCCUCUGAGACUGUGGAGCUGGUGCGGUACGAGCCAGACCUACUUCGGCUCCUAGGGUCCGAGGUGGAAUUCCAGUCUUGCAACAGUUGACCGGGAAAACAGCCCCUCCUCUUCUUCUUUCUCCUUCCGAGUUCGCCCUUCCCCCACCUCCUUGUCUUUCCCCCACCGAGCACCAGACUGCAGAAUGAGGCAAUAAUAUGGACCAACAAGAAGCCGCCUUAUCAAUGCCAGCAUUAGCGACUGGACUGUUUUUGUUUUUUUGGUUACAAUUAGUUCUCAUCUCCCUGUCGUCGUCAUUGUUAUCGUGGUUGGUGAUGGGGGUGGAAAGUUGAACUCCACGUCUGAGGACAAGAGGUCCCAGGGGUGGUGGGAGGUGGCGCUGGGGUCCCUUGGACUGGCCUCCUUGUUUAUGACCAAGACCAAACCUGGGCCCUGGGUGGCCUUGGCCUGUCCCGAGGAGAAAUGAGAAAAUCCCAGAUCUCUGAGCGCCCCCCAACUCCAUUCCCCUGUGUUCUUCUGUCUUCUGUAGUAUUUAUUUUAUUAGUAUUUAAUUUGUAUUGUUUCAUUGGUUUCUGAUAAGUCUGUAUCACUGUGACGAUUUGAGACAACUUGUUGUAUUGAGGGACUUUCUGUACCUCCUUUUCUUUUUCUUUGUUGAUGAGCUCCGACAAAGCUAUUCCCAGGUGUUUUUUUCCCCCCACUGGGGAGGGGGUGGGGUGGAAUGGGGUGGGGGGACAUGGACUUGUGACUAAGGAAGCUGGCUGCUGCUGGCCCAGGGCUGGGGGCUUGGGGGUAAAUCCUGAGGCUUUGGUGCUCCCCCACCCGCCCCCUCCCGCCUUUUGCAGCAGCCCUGCUAUCUUGAGAUUAGUGUUGAUGGGGAGGGGAGGAUUGUGAGGUGCGGGGUUAAUAAAUUACUCUAAUAAAGGAGCGUGGAGAAGGGAUCUGAGGGGUGAGGGUGCCCCCUCCUCAUGCCUUCUUCACUCCCCCCCCCCCCCCCAGAGUGCACAAUACGAGUUUGUUCCUGCCUCCACUCCCCCACCCCGUUCUGGCCUCCCUGUCUCAAGAUACUGAGCCUCUCACCUCCCAGCCCUCAGCACCCCCAUCCCUGCCCCUUUUCAGACUCAUAGCACCCGUUUCCUUCCUCUCCUCCUUCCUCCUCCCUCAGCCCCCCAUUCUCCUUGGGAAUCUGCAGAGGGCUCUGGGACUGACUGCCAGAUGUGAAAUCCAGGUGUCAGCUGUUUCCUAGGCAAGGGCAGGAAAGUGGUCUCCAGCCCUUGCUCCACUCCUGCCUGGGGGCCUGGGGCUGAGUGGUGGCCCCGCCUGGCCUCCCCCUGGCCUCCUGGCCUCCUCCUGGCCUCCGGGCCUCCAGCACUGGGUUUGUCGAGUGAGAGAGAGAGAGAGGAGCUUGGGUUGCUUCCCUGUCCCCACCCCCUCUGUGGCGUUGUCCCUCCCACUCUUCUUAUUUUUCUACCAAUUGCUAUUUUUCCGAACAAUCCUUGUAGAGUAUGUACCAUCCAAAGGCAGGAGGGCCUCGCCGUGGCCGGCUCUGGUUGGAGAUGGUACAGUUUUAUUGUACAGGUGCUAAAACAACAACAACAAAAAAGAAAAUGGAAAAAAAAAAAAAAAAGAAUAAAAAAAAAAAAAGAAAAAAAAAGCCAGUUUGAGGAUGGGACAAUGUGUUCUCUAGAGGCUCCUGAGCUGUGCGGGAGCAUUGGUGGCUAUUUUCUUUGUAUUGUGUUUGUUCUUUGUUCCUGGGGGAGAAGUUCCCAGCCCCUUCUCUAGGACUGCUCCCCACCCCCACCAUACUGCCCAGUUGGUUUUGAACAGUUGUUCUCCCUUUUUAAGAAAAAAAUACAUAUAUAUAUAUACAUCUAUCUAUAUAUAUAUAUAUAUAUAUAUAUAUAAAGUUGAGGGGUUUUGGACUUUAAUUUGUUGGUUUUGUUGGGGUUCCUGGUAUUGUGUAGUUUAUUUCAUGUUCUGUUUGCCUUUCCUUUUUUCGCAUUUGGGUGUAUAUUCUGGCUGCCCUUUUAUGUUUCAUUUUAAGCAACUGGCUGUGGAGUCAAAAACACUUGCAUACUGAAAAA